AGUUGUAUUUCUGUGGUUAGAAUCCACCCGGAAGUUUGUAAUAUGGAUGAUGUUGGCGAUUACAGCGCGUUGAUUUGUUCCUCCAUUGCGGCUCUGUCUAGCCUCCAUUGAGCCGUCUGUUGAGGAAGUCGCGUCGGUUGCCCCAGCAUGAAGAAAAGGAGGAGUGUAUGAACCGGGGCUUUAUAAAUGUGAUGCGUCCAGGAUUUUGGCGAGGGCAUUGGCAUUUCGUCAGGAUGUUUAAGUUGUUUGCGGCUCUGGUGAUUUUUGGGCUGCUGCUUGCGUGCCUCACUUCUUGGGUAUUUGACAGAUAUGACACCGCUUGGCAUCCUAAACGCAGUUUACAUCUACCGGGUGAUGAAAGCAUCAACAGGAUGAGCGGCCCGCCGUAUCCCAGCGGACAGCUGGAGAAUAUAUUUUGGUUUGUGCAGGUAUCCGACAUCCAUGUCAGUCGUUUUCAUGAUCCGAUGCGGAUUCCGGACUUUGAAACGUUCUGUAGUGACACUAUUGAUGUGAUUAAACCUGAUCUUGUGCUGGCCACAGGGGACCUAACAGAUGCUAAGACUGAGAGUAAAAUGGGCUCUCUUCAGUAUGAAGUGGAGUGGCAGGCCUACCACAAUGUCCUGAAAAGAUCACGAGUGUUGGAACGGACCAAAUGGAUUGACAUUCGGGGAAACCAUGAUGCCUUUAAUAUUAUAUCACUGGAGAGCGUGAAUAAUUAUUACAGGAAGUAUUCUGCCAAUAAAAAAAUUGGAUCAUUCCACUACAUACACAGAACUCCGUUUGGAAACUACUCGUUCAUUUGUGCUGAUGCCACUCUGAUGCCGGGACCCAAGCGGCCUUAUAACUUCUAUGGUAUCCUGAAUCAGCCUCAAAUGGAUUUGUUGGCGACCUUUAGAGAUGAAAGUCUGAGCAGUAACCAAUCCAUUUGGUUUGGACAUUAUACAACAUCUACUAUCAUCUCCCCAUUCCCAGGAAUCAGAGAGCUCAUGAGUACAGCUGUGGCGUAUCUGUGUGGACACCUACAUACGUUAGGAGGCCUCAUGCCCAUACUGCAUAGUCGACAUAAAGGAGGCACACUGGAGUUAGAGCUGGGAGACUGGAUGAGUAACCGCAGGUACAGAAUAUUGGCUUUUGACCAUGACCUGCUUAGUUUCUCGGACUUGACGUUUGAGGACUGGCCAGCUGUGCUCAUCACUAAUCCUAAAGAUGCUCAGUACCUGAAUCCAGAAGUGGAACCUCUGGGUCGCAUACGCAGUUCCACACACAUCAGGGUCCUGGCCUUCUCGGAGUCUCCGAUCACAUCCGUAUAUGUUAGUGUGGAUGGAGAUACACUUGGGGAAGCUGUCAGUGUAAAAGGACCUCUGUAUGUGCUACCAUGGGAUUCGUCACUCUACUCUACCGGACUGCACACCAUCAGUGUUAAAGUGGAGGACUCAGCAGGUCGCUCAAAAAUACGAGAGCAGCUGUUCACCCUGGAAGAAGAUCUUAUCCCCGGCUUCAGCUUCACACAAUCCUUUAUUCUCCUCACAGACCACUACAUACUGGCGCGGAUUUUAUUUGUGACAAUAGUGUUAAUAAACCUUGGUGGGCUUGUAAUCUUCAGAUUUAUGGAUGUGUCUUCUACAAGAGGUCAUUUUACAGGAUUGAUUUGUCAAGCAUUGACAUCUUUACAUCUUGUCAGUAAAAUCAACAUCUACUACUACUCCCUACUGCUGUUCAACCUGUGCACUGCCGUAGGUCCAUGGUUCAUUGGGGAAGUAAUUGAUGGGCACACUGGAGCCUGCUUUGCUUUUGGGGUGUUUGUGGAUGGGCAUUUUCAUGAAGGCAGUCUGUCAUAUGCUGUGGGAAUUAUGCAGGUCCUCUUCUUCAACAUGCCUCUCACGUUUUACCUCUGCUGGAGUAUUCAUCACAGAUGUCACGGCACCAACUUCCGCUCGCAUUUCUGCCAACCAGGUGGCCGCUGGCGGACUCUGCCGGUGCACGUGCUCAUGCUGGUGCUUUUGAUCUGGCAGGCCUAUUCUUGCUUCUUCUUGCUGGCGACCUAUGGGUCACUGGCGUUUUUCCUGUCUCCAGUGCGUACAUGGGCCCUGCUCAUGGCUCUCCUGUUGGUGUACAGGGUCUGGUGCGGACCGCCGCCUCGUUUCUCUGAUAAUAGUAGAACAAACAAACCUUUGUGACAGUGACAGCAUUGUUAUCACCCAUAGUAUUCGGCCUGUAUACUUUUAUUGACAGACAUUUUGUGCCAGGUUCUUCCAUUCUUUUACCUUUUUCUCUGAUUUGCCAGUCUUUGCCAUCAUAUGUGAGGAAAGCCUAGUUAGCAUUCAGAUAAUACAAACUUUUUUUAUAACUGGUCCUGAUCCUUUAUUAACGCUAAGACAUGUUUACAGCCAGGACAAUUCAUCCAAAAUUAAAAUCCUAAUUAUGAUUUACUUUCCCUCAUGGUAUUCCAAACCUGUGGUUUAGUAUUCCAAAUAGGACAGGUUAAAGAAAUAAAUCCAAAUAACUCCAUGAUUUACUCACCCUUAAGCGAUGCGACAUAUAUGCCCAUCAUCUUUCAGGCGAACUCAUUUGAAGUUAUUUAAGUAAAUGUCCUUGCUUUUCCAAGUUUAUAAUGGGAAAAAAAACGGGGAUCAGGGAACAACUUCUGACUUUGAAUAACAAAAAAGUGCAUCUAUUUUUCAGAGAAGUAACCCAAACGGCUCCAAUGAGUUAAUAAAAGUCGUUUGCAGGUAAUCAAAGCGAUAUUGUAAGAACGCCAUCUUUGGGAUUCACUUUGCAACAUUUUCCAUGGCAACCAAGGCAAAGCUCACUGCACUAAAACACUCAUGUGAAUCGGGUGAGUCCAAGAGGGCGAUGAAUGCACUUUUUUGGCGUUUAAAGUCAGAAAUUGUUCCCUGAUCCCUGUUUUUUAUCAUUAUAGAGCUUGAAAAACAUUGACUUAAAUAACUCCAAAUGUGCUUGUCUGAAAGAUGAUGGACAUAUGUAUCUCGGAUUGCUUUGGGGUGAAAUCUGGCUGAAGCUGAGCAAAGAUUAACCUGCUAUUUUUCAUACAAUACUUUUAUACAUGUUUAGAUUUUAAACAUGAUCAAUUUAAACAUUGUGCGAUAGAUAUUUAAACAUGCACCAUAACAUUGUCAUGUCUAUAUCACUUUAACCCUUUGCCAUAUCUUUUAAAUCUAUGUAAAUGUUCAAAUUUGCUGAUCGUGAUUGAUUUUGAAACGCACAAGAACCACAUUUGCCACCAUUGUUGCCAAACCACUUCAAUUUCAGUCUGUUUCUCUAUGACCUCGAAUACUGCAAAACAAUUCAUACAGCCUUCUUUUAUGAUUCAUAUUUGGAGCUUGACAGCAUCUAAUUUAUGGAAAGUGAACAUCUUUUCAACUAUCCAGAUUUGAAAUUACAUGAGGGCAAGUAAACAAUUUAAUUUUUGAGUGAACUGUCCCUUUCCAGUCUUCAAGACAUUAUGUACCUUUUACUCAGUUAAACUGAAUAAUAACACUUGUCAAAUCGUACUUGUUUGAAUGAGUGAAAGGCAUUCAAGAAAUGAACAAGACUGACUAAAUGUUUAUGCAUGAAACUGCCACCGUGGUAUUUCUUUACAGAAAGAGGAUAGACACGAUAGGAUGAUCAUUAUUGCAUAAUAAAUACUUUUUAUUUGUUGCA